AUGGAAAUCAAUUGCUCCUUUCAAAGAUUAGUUGGGGGAUGCUGCUCCAAAGGUAGGCGAAGUCGAGUUGCAGGAAAAACUUCUCUUAUGGUCCCCCUGCGCUUAUGUGAGAAAGACAUCUCAGCACACAAACAGGCUGUGGGCGUGAAUGAUGUUGAAUCGGAAGUCGAUCUCAUUUUAGCACGGGCACGGGCAUCGAUAUUCACGUUGCCUUCCAAUAUUUCGGACAUGACUAUCUGCCCAGCCCAUCGCUCCUCUUUGGGCAUUGGAUGGCGAAGAGGCUCGCAACGGUGUCGUGUUCCAUCCGAAUUAUCGAGGCAUGCCAAGGAAGGGAAAUCACGAAAGGGUGACCGUGGUAUAAACAAAGCGCUUUCGAAGGCAAUCCUUCGACGCACGGGAAUAUUCCUCCCUGUUGGGUCUGGUAAGUCUUUGUAAUGUUGUUAAUUUACAAUAGGACGCUAUGACAAACAGGACAAGAAGUUACUAGUAAAAACAAAAUUGGCACAUUUAAAUUAGUACUACCACUGAAGCACACAUUUAACCAGCCAUUUAAUUUUGUAGCGUGAGCUAGUUUAAUCAAAUUAUUUUUUAUCAGUGUGUGUUUUUUUUUUUUGUUAACUUCUUGUCGCCAAAAACUAAUACACCUCUUUCCUUAUCUCACCAUGCGGCCUGGGACCGAGAUAUUUAUUUCGGUCAGGGGCUCAGGGCCACUCACUACACCGCAAAACCGCUCUCAGGGAAGAGUGAUGGAUAGAUUUAGGGGACGUUGUUGCGUUGUUGCGUUGUUGGUGCGAGGGGAAGGGCAGGUGAUUUGAAAAGCGAAAGGGAGGAUAGGAUUAAAAAACUGUUUUUGUCUCUGUCAGUAGACCAUUUUACAGUUCUGUGAUAUUUAACCAGGCCUCUGUAUGAAAGCGAGGUUUGUGUUGACCUUGACACGAUAGAGAUAAAAAACUGGUUAGCAUAACAAUUAAAGGAUUUGCAUAUCAAAAGUAACAGGGUUUGUAUCAAAACAAGGUCAACUUGAGCCUCGCUUCCACUCAAAGGCUUGGUAUCUAAGCACGCAACUGUAAAAGGGCCUAUCCAAGCCCGAAAAUUCCCCCAGGCAUUCUCAUUCUUAUUCAUUUUCGUUCGUUCGUUCGUUCGUUCGUUCGUUCGUUCUUUCGUUUAUUCAUUCUCAUUCCCCUACCCCGGUGUGGGGCCUUUUCCAAAGACGAUCAGCCCGGUUAGUGAAGCAUUGUCAGAAACAACGUGAUCUUUUCAGUCAACUCUCGUUACAACGAACACCCUCGGGACGUCGUUUAGUGUCCGUAAUACAGUGGAACCCCGAUAUAACGAUCCUCGAUAUAACGAUAUUCCCGGUAUAACGAUGAAUAUUCUAUGUCCCUGCAAAUGUUACAGUAAACUGUAUGGGACCGAACCCCGAUAUAACGAUCUUCGAUAUAACGAUAUUCCCGAUAUAACGAUGAGAAUGAGUACACAGUACACAGUCACAAUUUAAGCAAAACAUUGAAUUAAUACAGUAACCGAGCAUCUGUAAAGUUUCCGUCGACAGCUUCUCUUUGACUCCUUUUACCCCGAUAUAACGAUAUGUUUGGUUAUUUUUCAGCAUUAUCGUUAUAUCGGGUUUUCACUUUAGUGAGAGUCCGUAAUGCUUGGAGUCAUUUCCAGACAAACCUCUUUUGUCGGGGAUCUGAAUUUUGUCCGUAAUAGCGAAUGUCCGUAAUAGCGAGGUGUCCGCAAAGCGAGAGUUUACUGUAAAUGGUUCUGCCCCAACCUGUUGUUUCCGUGUGCAAACGAGAGAUGAAGCAAAGAAGAACGCCGGGAAGCAAAAGAGUUGCAGUUUUAGAUAUUAAAAAGCGAUUGAAGCUGUUGCAGGCUCCAGUCGUUCUAAUGAAGUUACAUUUAUUUGGGAAUGAUUACUUGUAUGCGUGAGCUUGCCUCACCGUGGGGCAUUUUCCACAUUUUCAAAAUCAAAAGACAAAUGCCCCGGGGGAUGAGCGGGCUUGGAAUUGACUGAGCCAUUAGUAUUGAUAAAUUAGUUUUACUUUACGAACAGUUCGAUUAUAAUUUAUAAUUUUUUUGUGUGUGUAGGAAUUUGUCGUGACUGCAGGACGGCCAUUGUUCCGGAUACCAAGAUAACGGUUACAGAAGCCUGUAGCUCAAGCAUAGCUGGCAUUGCCAAAAGAAUUGAAAAUGUUUCUUUGGUGAGCCACUUUAGUGACAGUACGUAGUAGUUUCAGUAGUUUUCACAUGUAUUUUCGCGUUCAUACUCUAAAAUUAUGUAUUUUUACCUAUAAAGUUUUUUUUAUUUUAUUUUUUUUUAUCUGAUUCAGUUGACAUUGUCGCUUGUGUUUGGGCUUUUGCCUUCAGCUCAAGUCUUCUCCUUUUUGCCUGUGUUAAUUGAGUUAGUUACAUGCUGGAAUUUAUUUUGACUAAUAAGUACUUCUUAUAAUGUAGCUUUAAUUAUAGUUAAUUUAUAGUCUACCGUUUUAUACAUGAGCCUCUGGCUCGGGCAAUUGGGCAACCAUGCCUCACGUUAGACAAUAAACUUUGAUUGAUUGAUUGAUUGAUUGAUUGAUUGAUUGAUUGGUGAAAGGGCAUUAUCAAUUGCGAUUUUAAGAAAAUUUGUGAUUAAACAUGACCUGUUUUCUGAUAGACACCCACUUGUGUAGACUUGCAUAAACUUACUAUGGGUUGUAUCUUAUUUGAUCACGUUGAGAUUUCAACGUAAGGAGUUAUCCAGCAGUUUCGUUUGUUUGGCAAAACAAUCUCCAUCAUUUAUGAAUAGCGCUAUCAAUAUUAAAUAAUUACAUUCAAGCCGAUGCACGACAUUGGAAGUCAAUUUAUGUAAGUUCAGACUUCCUAUUUGUGCUGGCCUCCAUCUCGUUUUUUCUAUUACUUCUCACCGUGCCUGAUGCUUCAGAAUUUGAGCGCCAGUGUAGUCCAGUCAAAUAAAGCAUUUGGAAUUAAACACGGUAUGACUUUCUACCAAGUUACAUACUUAUGUUUUCUUAUUUCUCUGAGAAAAACAGAAACGCAAAGUAAUACUAACAGUAAACACCCGCAUACAAGAACACGUGGAUUAAGAACAUCAGGCUAAAAAUUGGGCAAUUAAACACCAUUUAUAUACUGAAGAACAAAUUCAGCCUGAAAAAUAAACAUGUUCUUUAUGUUUAAAAAAGAAAAAGGAUACCAGAAAAAGAAAGCUGGUCUAGAAAAACUAAGAAAAUUCGUGUUAACUUAUAUCAUUGAUAGUAUUUAUUUACUUUGAAUUUGAAUUUUUUUUUAGUGCAAGUAAUGAAACAUUGUAUGCUAAUUACACCUCUAGUGAUGUAUAAUGUAUACUAUUUCUGAAAAAAUUUUAAGAACAAUUUAAUAACACUUUAAUAACACUUUCAGGCUGAUUUCCACUAAACACCCAUUAAACAAAAACACGAUCAGCCAGAAGCCCGAAAUCAAUGUUCUUAUAUUCAGGUGUUUACUGUACACGCGUGGUUACAUUUGUAGGACGAGGGGGAGGAUUACGCUGGUGUUCCUCACAGUACUCCCAUAACACCAGGAGGAAGUUUCUACAUUCCUGAAAGUGACGACACAUGCACUUCUUUUGAAGUAACGUUCGAUGAUCUUCGCGGUGCACAGGCAGAACACAAACCUGCUGACGCCCUUAACGAGUAUUUGCAAUCCCGAGAUACCAGUCCAGUCCGUUCUAGGCUUAACACUCCGUGGGAGAUCGCAAGUGAGAGAACGAAGCGUUACUACAUACGAAAAGCUGGACAAGGUGUGACCGCCAUAAUGGAAGAUAUCGCGCCCAAAAGUCCUGCUGAGUUGUUCCAGGCAAUGUGUUCCUCGCAAGCCAUCCAAAGAACUUUGUCAAGUGACGAGGAAACUGAGACAACUGUCGAUGAAACCCUACUAGGAGCGCUUGCUGAUUGCUACCACGCUGCUGGAUGUUGGGAGACGCGUCGGCAAAUUCUGUCUAUCAUGGCCGAUAAAGUGUCGUUUAAGAAGUUGCGACUUUGGAUACCAGACCUGUCAAGUUGUUGUUUUACCGAGGCCAAACGUCAUUGCCUGACACACGGGAGAGGAGCACCUGUAUCGUCAGCGUAA